AGAUUCCCUUGUUCCCUCUGUAGGAUCCAAUCUUUGGUAAAAAUUUGUUGUUAUCUUACUCAUGAAGCCUCCUGAAAGAUGGGUCACAGUUCCUUCACCUAUAAAAUGCAGAUUAUAACCUACCUUCUGUAAGCCUUCUGAUGGGGGCCUGGACCCCCCAGCAUAAUAUGCAUCACAGACGAGGGAUACCUUUAAAAAACAUCCGGAGCAAUUGAAUGUGUCACCAGGUUGUUGUGAAGAUAAAAGUGACAUGAUGUCUUUGGAAGUAUUUGAACUAUAAACUGUUAUGCAGGGGAGCUCCUUUGGAUCAAGCUAUGGUGAAAAAUGUUCCGGAAAGGCAAAAAGCGACACAGUAGCAGCAGUUCCCAAAGUAGUGAAAUCAGUACGAAGAGCAAGUCUGUCGAUUCUAGCCUUGGGGGGCUGUCACGAUCCAGCACUGUGGCCAGCCUCGAUACAGAUUCGACCAAAAGCUCAGGACAAAGCAACAGCAAUUCAGAUACCUGUGCAGAAUUUCGAAUAAAAUAUGUUGGUGCCAUUGAGAAACUGAAAUUCUCUGAAGGAAAAAGUCUCGAAGGGCCCCUAGACCUGAUAAAUUAUAUAGAUGUUGCCCAGCAAGAUGGGAAGUUGCCUUUCGUUCCUCUGGAGGAAGAAUUCAUUAUGGGAGUUUCCAAGUAUGGUAUAAAAGUAUCAACAUCAGAUCAGUAUGAUGUCUUACACCGGCAUGCUCUGUAUUUAAUCAUCCGCAUGGUGUGUUACGACGACGGUCUGGGGGCCGGAAAGAGCUUACUGGCCCUGAAGACCACCGACGCAAGCUACGAGGAGUACAGCCUCUGGGUCUAUCAGUGCAACAGCCUGGAACAGGCACAAGCCAUCUGCAAAGUUUUAUCCACCGCUUUUGACUCUGUAUUAACAUCUGAGAAGGCUUGAAUUCUGCAAUCUAGUGGAAGCUGACUUCGUGUGGAAGGGCGAUGGUUUUCAAUCUGCAGUGUUGAAUUACUCUGGAAAUAGAAAGUGAUGCCCUGCUCGAGAUUUUCUGGAGAAAUGCAGUGUAUAAAAUAGUGAUCAUUUGCUUUUUUAUUAAAAUGUGUCUUAUUACAGUGA